AUGGCGCCCACCACCCCCAGCACCGCAGCCAACGCCUCAAACGGGCGCGGCACCAACGCCCCUGUCCCCGUCUACCCCAAGCCCGGUACGAGGUUACCUACCACCGGCGCAGGCACACGGGGCAACGCAAGUACGCAUGCGUGCACACGUGCGGUAAUGUGA